AUGGAGAUGAAACGUCAUGAUAAGCCGGGCAGUCUGUCGCCCGUGAACCCGGCUCUUAGGAAGGACGAGGAAGGCAAGACAAAAUCCAGCAGCAAAUCAGAAAAAGACCUCAGAGUAGCUGACAAGUCCCCGAGCGACGAUGGUUUGAGAAGAGAACGACGGCUGUCAAGGGCUAGCGAAUCAUCGAGAGAGGCGCUUGAGCGGCAAGAUUCGAAAUCGUCCUUAAGUCCGAAAGUCUCGCGUAAAUACUUCACCAACUGGAAACAAGCAUGCGAUAAAACGAAAGAUAAGACCAAGGAACUGCUAAAGAGGUGGAGGACGCUGCCUGAGGCUGAAGGAGCGGAGAACCAGAUGCAGGCGGCGGGGCAGAGUGAAGAGGGGAAACAUCACGGGUGGAGUGUUCAUGUCUGGACGACAUGGGUGAAUCGAUGCAGUGAAGAUUUAGAGUGCUUGGACCUAGAAGAAGAACAACCGUUGGCUCAACUUAGUUCCGUACAAACAGACAAAAUGACUUUAUUUUUCACCGAGCUUCUGGACCAUGACCGUGAUGACGUCAUCUGUGAUCAGGACUUUGAUAACUUUUUUGAGAAGCUUGCCCACUUUGCCGACUGGUCUAGCAACUCGUCAGAAUUUCACAUACUUUUAGAAGUCAAGAGAGAAUUUAUCGAGCAUUUCCUCAACCCGUUGCCUAUCAAAUGGGCAGAAUUAGCAUACUACAGAAGGGUUUGCGGACCAGAAGCUGGCGGGAUGCCAGGAAGAACAACGCUCGAAGGAUGGCUGGCGCGGUGGGCCUUACACCUUAGUGAAAUGCGUCGAUUCGCUGACUUGCCACUUUAUUUACAAUACCUAUGCAAGAUUUUUUUUCACGUGGUCGAUAGAGAGAAUACAGGAGAAAUUAGCAAGACAGCACUUGCCGCGUUUUAUCGCUCCGUGAUCGGUCUACCGGCUAACAGAGUUGAAGAAAUCAUUGAUACAGCUUAUGAUAGAAUGACUAGUAAUAGCUACCUAAUUCUCGAUUAUGGUACCUAUGUUCACUGCUUCACUAACUGGUUGAUGGGAAAGAACCCCAACGGUCCUGGACAGUGGGUGCUAGUUCCUCCUAAGGAUUCUCUGCCUCAACCUCCAUUUCCCGUAGACUACAGUGCUUUAAACACCGAGCCAGCAAAAUUAGAACCUUACGCGCCAGACAAGAAGACUAAUAGACAUUCAGUUAUUGUAUAGUAAAUUUUUAUAGAAAAUACUUAAAAUACUAUUAGCAAGAUUCUUUUAUAGAUAAUUAAUUAUUUUACUUUACAGCUUAAAUAUAUUUAUUGUACUACCUUACUAUACAAAAUUAAUGCUACUCUUAUGAAACUUGGAUGUACAUAUACAACUAUUGAUGAGAAUUAAAAUAACUGUUGUAAGUUACAAGUAGGAUUUAACUUCAUAGAGUUAUAAAAGUGUUUUCACGUUAAAAUUGCACUGAACGGAAUUACUAAACAAUAAGUUAGGCAAAUAAAUAAUAAAUAGUAAUAAAAUAACCUAGUCAAUAAAAUAAUUCGCUUGCAAACAAAAAAAUCGCUUUACCCUUGU